AUGUUAUCAGAUAAAGAAAGAAAUGAUUUUUUUAAAGCAUUGAGAGAAAUGAAAAAUAAAGGAGGUUUUGAUUAUAUAGCUUUAAUACACAGAUUAGCAUUCGUAAAUGGAGGAGCUCACAAUGGACCUGCUUUUUUCGUUUGGCAUAGGGAAUAUCUUAAAAGGUUCGAGAUUCUGCUUCGAAAAUAUAACCCAACCCUUGGCCUACCCUACUGGGACUCUACUUUGGAUGGUCGAUUGCCAAAUCCGGCAGAUUCUAUUCUUUUCACUAAAGACGGAGAUCCUUACAUUACACGUGAUGUUGGCAAAGUUGGAAGGUGCUUUACAGAAUAUGAUGUUUCCCGGACCCUGUCACAAACAAAAGUGGAAAGAAUACUUGCUUAUACCUCCGCAAGGCGUGCCUGUCCAAUAAAACCGGAAUGGGAUGCUUUUGAAAUCACUCAUGGACAACCACACUUAUUUAUUGGUGGGGACAUGGCUACAUUUAUCCCUAACAAACCUGGAAAUGACCCUAUAUUUUAUAUGCAUCAUUGUUUUGUUGAUUUGGUUAACUUUAUAAAUUUUAAAGAUUAUUUUAUUCGGGACUCUCGUAAUAACUUCACUCGAAUAUACUGUAACUCUCGUUAUACUUCUCCCAAUAAAAUCUACCAUAGUUAUCAUUAA